AAAAAGUAUUGCGAAAUUAGACUUAAUUCUUAGAAAGUUAUACUAUUUUUAUGUACCUUCACAGAACUAACAAACACAAGUACCAAACCUCCUGAGCACAAGGCAACUAAAACGGGAAUAUCAUCACAAAUUUGUGGUGGAACUGGACACUCCAAAUAACUCUCAUCCUCCACAUAAAAUCUAUGAUAUCCUAGUGUUUUGCGAAUAUUGGGAUAUUCAUCAUCAUGUCCAACCAUACCAUGCAGCAACAACAGAUAAUGCCUCGUGUUUCGACACCUGGUUCAUCCUCGCGGACCAUGUCCCUAGCUGAGAAACAGAAAUAUAUAGAAGACUAUGAUUUUCCCUAUUGCGACGAAUCAUCCAAAUAUGAAAAGGUGGCCAAAAUUGGUCAGGGCACUUUUGGCGAAGUGUUCAAGGCCAGAGAGAAGAAAAGUAAUAAAAAAUUUGUAGCCAUGAAAAAAGUACUUAUGGACAAUGAAAAAGAAGGUUUUCCCAUCACUGCCCUUAGAGAGAUAAGAAUUCUGCAAUUGCUGAAACAUGAAAAUGUGGUUAAUCUCAUUGAGAUUUGUCGAACCAAGGCAACUGCAAAUAAUGGCUAUCGUUCCACAUUUUACUUGGUGUUUGACUUUUGCGAACAUGACUUGGCCGGCUUGCUGUCCAAUAUGAAUGUUAAAUUUAGUUUAGGCGAAAUUAAGAAAGUCAUGCAGCAGUUGCUAAAUGGUCUAUAUUAUAUACACAGCAAUAAGAUCCUUCAUCGUGAUAUGAAAGCUGCAAAUGUUUUAAUAACAAAACAUGGUGUUCUCAAAUUGGCCGAUUUCGGUUUGGCCCGUGCCUUUAGUAUACCCAAAAAUGAUUCGAAAAAUCGUUAUACAAAUCGUGUUGUCACAUUAUGGUAUCGACCGCCAGAACUUCUACUCGGAGAUCGUAAUUAUGGACCACCUGUGGAUAUGUGGGGUGCUGGUUGUAUAAUGGCUGAAAUGUGGACACGUUCACCCAUAAUGCAGGGCAAUACUGAACAGCAGCAGCUGGUGUUAAUAUCACAAUUGUGUGGUUCAUUUACACCAGACAUAUGGCCAGGCGUUGAAGAAUUAGAACUGUACAAAUCAGUGGAAUUGCCCAAGAAUCAAAAUCGUCGCGUUAAAGAGCGUCUAAGACCCUAUGUUAAAGAUCCCUAUGGCUGUGAUUUACUAGAUAAACUGUUGACCUUGGAUCCCAAGAAACGUAUCGAUGCCGAUACCGCCUUAAAUCAUGACUUCUUUUGGACUGAUCCCAUGCCCUGUGAUCUGGGCAAAAUGUUAUCGCAUCAUUUGCAAAGUAUGUUCGAAUAUUUGGCUCAACCAAGACGUACAAAUCAAAUGCGUAACUAUCAUCAACAAAUGGCCACCAUGAACCAGAAGCCACCAGAUAAUACCAUGAUCGAUCGAGUGUGGUGAAGAUCGACCUACCUAUGUAUAUGCCAAUUAGCUGUUUAGAGUAUCGUUUUGGUAUUAAUGUGCUUCUUCAGUAUGUACAAUUUUCAGACCAAUCAUGAGAUACGAAGAUUAAAUCAUACAAAGUUAAACAUAUUAUGUUUUUAGAUAUAAGUUACUUUGAGGAGCGAAAAAAAAUCCAUAUUAUAGAUUCCUAAGAUAUACAUAUAUCCCAUUUUUUUUUAUUUAUCUAAUUAUUAGUUAGUUUUGUAUAUGCAAUCGAUUUUCCUAUUGUUUGUAUUGAAACAAAUAAAAA